AUGUUUGAAUUUUAUUGAUAUUAUCUUUAGAUUGAAAAUUGCCUAGUCAGCCACGUCAUCUACGAUUAAAUUCAUCGCAACCAAGUGAUUGUCGACUACAAUCUAUGUCAUUAGUUUUCGUAAUAGUUAGUCAUCUGCAACGUGUUUGCUAACAUUCUUUACAUUUUAUUCCAUACUAUGUUAUCACAAAACUUAUUAGUUCGAACAGGAAAUAUACUUAACUUAAAUGAAGCAAAAACAAAAGCAAGUCAAAAUCCCACAGAUGAGCUAAUUGAAACACUAAAAAUUGUACUUCGAGACAAUGAAGGGACUGGUGAAAAUCCAAUUAUUAUUGAAGGUAUAGAAGAUAAUGCCUUGAAAGAUAUCAAUAGAGAAGAUGUUAAGAUAACUGUAAAAGUAUUUAUUUCAUCACCUGAUGUAAACUUAUUAAAAGAAGCUAUAGAUCAAGUUUGUAAUUCCUUAAAUAUAAAUGCAAUUGAAUCUUUAGUAAUUGCUUAUUCAGGAAAGGAAAAUUCAGAAGAUAUAUUAUCAUCACUAAAACAUUUAUGGACUGGAGUAGAAGAAUAUGUGAAAAUUGGCAAACUAUCAAGUGUUGGUCUUAGUGAUGUCAACACAAAUGAAUUUAUUGAUUUAUUUCAAUGGGCAAAUGUAAAACCAAAUAUUGUACAAAUUAGUUUAGCUACAUGUUGUAUUGUACCACCAGCAUUGCAAACAUUCACUAAAGAAAAUGAUGUACAAUUAUUAACACAUAAUGAUCCUGGACAAAUUUUACCUCAAGAAGAUUUAAAUGGAAUAUUCAAUGCUAAUACAAAUGUAUAUUGGGUUACAAGGUAUCAAAUUCAUCUAAAAUGUCGUGGUAUUUUAUCUUCAAAAGGUUAUUUAAUAUAUGUUAAUAAACAAACAACAUAAUAUUAUAUUUUUAAUAAUAUGAAAAAAAUAAUUUAAACGAUGAUAAAAUUUACAAUUUACAAUGAUAUUAUAUUAAAUCUUAGUUUAUUAUAUAUACACAUUUGUGUUCCACUCAUUACUGUACAUGUAAAGAGAUCUUAUAUUUACAAUAUAUAUCAAGAUUGUUAAUCUAAUUCACAAAUUUUUGUAAGCAUUAAUAAACCAAUGCUUAU